AUGGAGGUACGCCUCAAGCUUAGCAAAUCUAGCUCAUCCCCACCGGUUGAUACUACUCUCUACCAGAGUCUAGUCAGGAGCCUCCGGUACCUCAUCCACACCCGGCCGGACCUGGCCUACUCAGUAGGCUACGUCAACCGCUUCAUGGAGAGACUAUGUGAAGAGCAUCUCAUCGCCGUCAAGCACAUACUGCGCUAUGUUGCAGGGACAAAAACAUUGGGUGUUCUCUACACGGUCAGGAAGAAAAAGAGCGUGUGGCCAUGUUUGUUGGGCUACAACGACAGUGACAUGGCCGGCGACAUCGAUGAUAGGAAGAGCACCUUCGGGAUGAUCUUCUUCCUUGACAGCAACCCCAUCACCUGGUAG